GAAGAAUAUGACCUAUAGAAGCUUCCCAUCACUGAGAGGACAAAGCUGACACCUGGCAGAGAGAUUAAAGAGGAACCUGGGGAAGUUUCUUGGCCAGCUUGUGGCUAUCAGAAAACACCUUUUAGAAUGGUAGAAGACUCAGGGAUGUAGUGGUUCCCGUUUGCUGCCAUGGAACCCCACCGGUCUUCCCUUGGAAACAGAAUCCCACCCUGGCAAGAGAUCUUCAGGAAACAAGAAAAAAGCUAUUAAAGGAUUCUUUGCUCCUCCUUCGCUGGGCCCAGGCUCUGCUGGUCCCCCGUUCCAGGAUGAUGAUUACAUGGAGGAGACUCUGCCAGCAGCAUUACCUGUGGGCCCUGGGCUGCUAUAUGUUGCUGGCCAUAGUUGCUCUGAAACUUUCUCUCAGAUUAAAAUGUGACCCUGAACACAUGGACCUGGAGUCCAGGGGAUUCCAAAGCCAGCGCUGUAGGGAUAUCUUGUACAAGACCUUGAAGCUGCCAGCAAGGAGCUCCAUCAACUGUUCAGGGGUCACCCGAGGGGACCAGGAAGCUGUGUUGCAGGCCCUUCUGGAAAACCUGGAGAUCAAGAAGAAGCGGGAACCUCUCACAGACACAGACUACCUCUCCCUGACCAGAGACUGUGAGAACUUCAAGGCCAAAAGAAAGUUCAUACAGUUUCCACUGAGCAAAGAAGAGCUAGACUUCCCUAUUGCCUACUCUAUGGUGGUUCAUGAGAAGAUUGAAAACUUCGAAAGGCUGCUACGAGCUGUGUAUGCCCCUCAGAACAUCUACUGUGUCCACGUGGAUGAGAAGUCCCCAGAAACUUUCAAAGAAGCGGUCAAAGCUAUUAUUUCAUGCUUCUCCAAUGUCUUCAUUGCCAGUAAACUGGUUCCAGUGGUUUAUGCAUCCUGGUCCCGGGUGCAGGCUGACCUGAACUGCAUGGAAGAUUUGCUCCAGAGCUCAGUGCCAUGGAAAUACUUCCUGAAUACCUGUGGGACAGACUUUCCACUAAAGACCAAUGCCGAGAUGGUCCAGGCCCUGAAGAUGUUGAAUGGGAGGAACAGUAUGGAAUCCGAAAUACCUCCUGAGUCCAAAAAACAGCGCUGGAAAUAUCACUACGAGGUAAGAGACACAUUGUACAUCACAAACAAGAAGAAGGAUCCUCCCCCCAAUAAUGUAACUAUGUUCACGGGGAAUGCCUAUAUUGUGGCUUCCCGAGACUUCAUCCGACAUGUCUUAAAGAACCCCAAAUCCCAACAACUGAUCGAAUGGGUAAAAGACACGUAUAGCCCUGAUGAGCACCUCUGGGCCACACUUCAGCGUGCACGAUGGAUGCCUGGAUCUUUUCCCUACCACCACAAGUUUGACAUCUCAGACAUGACUUCCAUUGCCAGACUGGUUAAGUGGCAGGGUCAUGAGGGAGACAUCAAUAAGGGGGCACCGUAUGCGCCUUGCUCUGGAAUCCACCAGAGGACUAUCUGUAUUUAUGGAGCCGGGGACCUGCACUGGAUGCUUCAAAACCAUCACCUGUUGGCCAACAAGUUUGACCCAAAGGUAGAUGAUAACGCUCUUCAGUGCUUAGAAGAGUACUUACGACAUAAGGCCAUCUACGGCACUGAACUCUGAGACACAAUAUGAGAAAAUUGCUACUUGUGGGGGCAAGAGCCUGUGCAAA